AAAACCGGAAGUUUCGCCCGAAGACGUUAUUUCUUCUAUUUUAUCCCUUCUUUUUUUCUUGACCUUCUUCUACCAGGUGCAGCGUCCUUAAUAAUAAAAAAUAUAUAACAAGCGCCAGUGCGCAGAGCAGUGCAGCCAAACUUAGCCACUAACUGGGAAGGACGAGGCGCGAAAAAGCCAGUGGAGCGGCGCGCCGCGACGUCGUACUGUGCCUGUACGCCAGAGGCGUGCGCCGAGGCGUCUGGGUAGUGAGCUCUACUCCGCCUGUCAGCUGAAGGCUGUAAGGGCUGGAUCUGCGGCGCUGCUCCUCCCAGGAUGGCUGCCCUGGUAGUAAACAAGCCUGGAGCGGGACUAGACAGUGGCCGGCAGGGCAGCCGGGGGACGGCGGUGGUGAAGGUGCUGGAGUGUGGGGUUUGUGAAGAUGUCUUUUCUUUGCAAGGAGACAAAGUUCCUCGUCUUCUGCUUUGUGGCCACACAGUCUGUCAUGACUGCCUCACCCGCCUACCUCUUCAUGGAAGAGCCAUCCGUUGCCCCUUUGAUCGACAAGUGACAGACCUAGGAGAUUCAGGUGUCUGGGGAUUGAAAAAAAAUUUUGCUUUGUUGGAGCUUUUAGAACGGCUACAGAAUGGACAUAUUGGUCAGUAUGGAGCUGCAGAAGAAGCCAUUGGGAUAUCUGGAGAGAGCAUCAUUCGUUGUGAUGAAGAUGAAGCUCAUGUUGCAUCUGUAUAUUGCACUGUAUGUGCAACUCACUUGUGCUCAGAGUGUUCCCAAGUUACUCACUCCACAAAGACGUUAGCAAAGCACAAGCGUGUGCCUCUGGCUGAUAAACCUCAUGAGAAAACCAUGUGCUCUCAGCACCAGGUGCAUGCCAUUGAGUUUGUUUGCUUGGAAGAAGGUUGUCAAGCUAGUCCACUUAUGUGUUGUGUCUGCAAAGAAUAUGGAAAACACCAAGGUCACAAGCAUUCAGUAUUGGAACCAGAAGCAAAUCAGAUCCGAGCAUCAAUUUUAGACAUGGCUCACUGCAUACGGACCUUUACUGAGGAAAUCUCAGAUUAUUCAAGAAAAUUAGUUGGAAUUGUUCAGCACAUUGAAGGAGGAGAGCAAAUAGUGGAAGAUGGAAUUGGAAUGGCCCACACAGAACAUGUUCCAGGUACCGCGGAAAAUGCCCGGUCAUGUGUCCGAGCUUAUUUUUCUGAUCUGCAUGAAACUCUGUGUCGUCAAGAAGAGAUGGCUCUAAGUGUUGUUGAUGCCCAUGUUCGAGAAAAACUUAUUUGGCUCAGGCAGCAACAAGAAGAUAUGACUAUUCUGUUGUCCCAGGUUUCAACAGCCUGUCUUCAUUGUGAAAAGACUUUGCAGCAGGAUGAUUGUAGAGUUGUUUUGGCAAAACAAGAAAUUACGAGAUUACUAGAAACAUUGCAGAAACAACAGCAGCAGUUUACAGAAGUUGCAGACCACAUUCACCUGGAUGCCAGCAUCCCUGUCACCUUUACAAAGGACAAUAGAGUUCACAUUGGCCCAAAAAUGGAAAUUCGAGUUGUCACAUUAGGAUUAGAUGGUGCUGGAAAAACUACUAUUUUGUUUAAGUUAAAACAGGAUGAGUUCAUGCAGCCCAUUCCAACAAUUGGUUUUAAUGUGGAAACCGUAGAAUAUAAAAAUCUAAAAUUCACUAUUUGGGAUGUUGGUGGAAAACACAAAUUAAGACCAUUGUGGAAACAUUAUUACCUCAAUACUCAAGCUGUUGUAUUUGUUGUUGAUAGCAGUCAUAGAGACAGAGUUAGUGAAGCACACAGUGAACUUGCAAAGUUGUUAACGGAAAAAGAACUUCGAGAUGCUUUGCUCCUGAUUUUUGCUAACAAACAGGAUGUUGCUGGAGCACUUUCAGUAGAAGAAAUCACUGAACUUCUCAGUCUCCAUAAACUGUGCUGUGGCCGUAGUUGGUAUAUUCAGGGCUGUGAUGCUCGAAGUGGUAUGGGACUGUAUGAAGGGUUGGACUGGCUCUCACGGCAACUUGUGGCUGCUGGAGUAUUGGAUGUUGCUUGAUUUUAAAUGCAGCAGUUGUUUAAAGUUUUGUGGUUAAGAGUUAUUUUGCACAUAAUAUGUUGUAAGAAAUUCUGCAUCUCAAAGAUGGCAGUUAAUUUAGGGUGUUUAUAUAAAUAGAAUCUUGGAUUGAGAAUUUAGUACAAUAUUGCUUUUAAAAAAUUAUUCUGCAGGGAAAUUUAAAUAUCUGCGCAGAUUAAAAAAGUGGAUUAAAUAGGGAUUUCUUGAAUUUACAUUUUUUUUUAAAGUAAAUUUGUUAUUUAAGUUUUUCAGAUUUUAUGCAACCCAAAUAUUGGGACAGAAGUAGUCACACAGAAAGGGUAAGUGGAGGUUUAUUCUUUGAAUGAAAAAAGAAUAGCCAUUGAGUGCCUAAUGGCACCUCUCUUAGGCAGCAAAUGAAGCAUUGUUUCUUCUUUAACUUACCUUUUCACUGAAUUUUGGCAGUAUUUAGUAGCAAAAAUGGCAGUGGGUUAAAGAAAUAGAAUCCAAACCAUAUCUUUGGGUAAUAGGAUUCCUUUACUUUUAUGCUCAGUAUGAAAGAAUACCUUUAAUGCUAAGAACUAUAAGCUAUAUACUUAAAAAAUUAAUGUUUGAUAGAGUGUUUUAUUAAAACGUUCUUCUAAAGCAUUUUGUACAAAACAGUAAGACAGAAUGAAAUGUUAUUUAACUAGGCCUGAUUGAUCAUACUUGUCACAUUAGUACCAAAUCGAAGAACAUUAAUAAAAGUGUGAAAGUCAAUUUCUAGUUCACCUUCACUUAUGCAAGACCCAUUUCCAGGGGUGAACCUAGGUCAAAACUCUAAACAGGUGCCUCUAUUUUUCAACAUAUUUAAAGUACUUAGUAGUAUUUCUUUUAAAAAUAAUAUUGCAUUCUUAAUGGGACUAUAGGGAAAACGUAGUAAGUUACACAUAGAACCAGGGUCGGCUUUCCAUAAAACAAAGAGACCCAAAUAAAAAACUACCUUUAGGUUAUGGGAAGUUGUUUAGACAGCGUUAAAUGCUUAUUACAUUAAUUACUUGACCAUAUUUUGCCAAAAAUAAGUGCAUUUUUUUGACAAUAAGAUAUGAACAAAGCUCUCCUUAACAAGGCCUUGGAAAGUUAUUUAGGAGGAAUAAAAUGUCUAAGGAAAGGAAGAAAUGUUUGAAAAGUUUACAUCACGUUUAUUAUGCAGUGUUCUGAGUGUAAGUUUAAAAAUUUUGUGCUCUUUACUGUUUUUGAGUUUUUAAGGUUACUCCUUUAUUAUGGAAGCAUGAUUUAUUAUAUUUAAAAAUAGCUAAAUUGGGAUGCCAUGCUUUUUUUUACUAUUCUUCAUAUUUUAGGAUGAAGUUGAAUCUUAAAUCUUACUAAUUUAACUGUCUUAUUAAGGACAAAGACAUCUGAUGAAAAGAUGUGGCCUUUAGGUGGCAUUGUUUCAGUUCAGUCUUUUCAAACGUAUUUUUGUUUGUUUAAAAACAAAACUUUUAGCAAAGCAUUAAAAAACAGCCCAUCAGUGUUACGGGCAGUGUGUAAAUAUGUAAAUAUCUCAUCCUUCAUUUUUUCAAGUACAAGGUUAUGCUGUUGACAAGUGUCAUUUGUGUGCAUAAGUAAUACUUCUGAGUUAAAUUAUUUAAUAUUUGACUGAUUUCAAUAACUGUGAAAAAUAAAAAAGUUGUUGCAUUUGCCUGUGAGCCCUUGGACUGUUUUCUCUACUAGGUGAUUGGAAAAAAGUGUAACACUAGCAUAUGAACUUGGCUUUCUUGUAAAUUAUUAAGUUUAUUUUGCACAUUUUGCUUAACUUUGUAAUUCAUUAGUAUAUUGAAUACAAGUUAAAUAAUGUGUUUAAACCUGUGCUUGAAUUUGAUUGUACAGUGUAUAACAAUAGCGCUUGUGUGAUUUUUUUUUUAAUAUUUUUUUCAGAUUCCUAUUACUAUUUGUGGUUGUAUUCUUUUACUAAUCAUUACUUACGAAUGUGCUAGUUUCCCUGGGGAAGUACCAAAUUUAAGAACAAGAGGUUUUAAAUACAAUCUAAUAAAAUUUGCCUCUUAGCUCUGAAAUUCUGUAUUAAGCCUAAAGUUUAUUAAUACAGUUUAUGUAGAGCAAGUCUGACAAGUGGUUAGCCCUGGGCUAUAGUUCAGGAAUGCUUUAUAGCUAGCAGAAGCCAUUAUUUGCAUGACAUAAAUAUAUGAUCGGUGUAAAACUAAAAAAAGACCCGUUGCCAUCGAGUUGAUUCUGACUCACAGGGACCCUGUAGGAGAAUAGAACUGCCCCGUAAGGUUUCCAAGGAGUGGCCGGUGGUUUCGAACAGACCUUUUGGUCAGCAGCCAAACACUUAACUACUGCGCCACCAAAAAAACCCCUUUGCUGCCAAGUUGAUUCCACUUCAUAGCAACCCUAGCAGUAGAAUGUUAAGAUCAUUUUAAAGGCCUAUCAUUAUUAUGGAAACUUUGGUGCUGCAGUGGUUAAGUGCUAUGGCUGCUAACCAAAGGGUCGGCAGUUCAAAUCUGCCAGGUGCUCCUUGGAAACUAUGGGGCAGUUCUACUCUAUCCUAUAGGGUCGCUAUGAGUCGGAAUCGACCCGAGGGCACUGAGUUUUUACUGGGUUAUCAUUAUUAUAAGAAAUUUUGUUUCUUGAACCAUAUAUCCAGUAUUAUUGCUAGUAGCCAGUUUAAGUCAUAUUCAUACUGUGGUUAAGGGAACAAUAAAAUAAAAUGGAGGGGAUUGACUUUCAUGUCAAUUUAAGAUGUAGUUUGAUAAAGCAAAGAUUUGGAAAUAACCUAUUCUGAUUUGCAAUUUAGGUCACAUUUAAAUGAGUGCAACUAUAGUGUUUGGGGAACUAACAUUUUCUUCAUUGAAUCGAGUGAAACUACUGCUUUUAAAUUUUUUAACUUUAUUUCAUGAGAACAUCGCAUUUUAGACGACUGGUUUAGAAAAUGACUUUGAAAACUUAGUUGUAGCUUAUGAACUAAUAUUGCUAAGAGAAAGGUUUUUUAUGUAACCUUGGGCUAUUUCUCAAUUUGCAAAGUGGUAACAGUUGUGCUCUUUUAAAAAAAAAAAUGAAAAGGGUUAAUAAAUAUCAGAUUGUACGUUGCUAAUAAUUUUAAACAUGCUUUAAAAGACAUCUGUCAAUAAGUGUUUUUUAGGUCUCAUGAUUCUGUUAAAUUUUUGACAUGCAAUGGAAAAGUUCAUGAAUGAAAUGUGAUUUUCACUCAAAGCAAAAAUAUAACCUUAAUUUUGGGGGACUAUUUUUUUUUUUAAGGUAUCACUACCACCUGGUGGCAGCAUUGCCCAAAAUUUAUGAUUAAGCUUUUAGGCACGAAUAAAUUGCUAGGUAAAAAAAGUAGGUAAGUCUAAACGCCUAAAAUUAAGAAGUGAAAUGUCAUAGUGAAAUGUCUUUUUAUGUCCAACUUUGUUCUACUUUUAAAAAGGAACGUAUUAGUUUAAAAUAGUGUAAAUUGGCAUAUUUUCCCGUUUACAAGAAUUUGUGGUAUAAAAUGAAUAAAGGAAAUGAUCCUGCACAUCAGUAGAAGGAAAAGCGUAAGCUUAGAUUUAAAGCAUAAGAAUGUGAAUUCUGUAAGUAGGUCUGCUGAACAUGUUAGUAAGUUUCUUGAAGAGUGUGUCUGGAAACUAGCAGUUGUUUUUAAUAGUUAAGAAGUAGUUACGAAGUUUAAGAGCAAAUGAAGAAAUGAAAUCAAUACAAGACUUAGAAGUCAGUGUUUUAUAGCUCGUUUCUAUUAAAUCUCUCAUUAUUAGAUGCUGUUAUGGAUUGAAUUAUGUUCCCCAAAAACGUGUUGACAAAGAAUGGGCUCAAACAUAGCAACAGUUCUGAGGAUAGUGAGGUACCAGGCAGUGUUUUGUUCUGUUGUACAUAGGGUCACUGUGAGUCAGAACUGACUUGAAGGUAUCUAACAACAAUAAAUCUUAACUUCUAUGUGCUUGGUUUUAAUACCAUUUGGGAAUGAGCUGUCUUUGUUACGUUAAUGGACGGCAUUAGCGUACGGUGUGUCCUAAAUCAAUCUCUUUUGAGAUACAAAAAAGAUUAAGCAACCAAGAAGCAGAGAUGGGGGAAGAGAGAUGCCAAGCCACAUGAAGACUGCCUAGGAGCAGAAGCUCAAAAGACAAGGACAUUCCUCCAGAGCAGAAAGGGAGAGAACGCCUUUCUGUAGAGCCAGUGCCCUGAAUUCAGACUUCUAGCCUCCUAUACUGUGCGAAAAUGAAUUUGUUUGUUUAAAGCCACCCUCACGUGGUAUUUCAGUUAUAGCAGCACUGGAUAAGACAGAUGCUAUAAUUUUUACUCAAUGUAUAUGUUCUUGAAGGUGUAUUAUAUCAUGGGAUAUUGACUAACGUAAGAAAAAACAUGCUGUACUUUGAGGACAGAAAACAAUUGUUUAGCUAUAAUGGAAAAAGAACAUGAAAAUAGUAAAUGAACUUACAUACAAAACCAAUGACUCAGGUAUUCAUUUUAUUCUGAUUCUCAUAUUUUAAAGAAUAUUUUAUAAUAAUUGAGGAAUUUAACACUUUUGACCAAAGGGGACUUCCUGUUUACUCACUGAAACUUUACUUACAGCUGCUUGCUACUUAACAAUGCUGAAAAGAAAGACAAAACUAAUUGGCAUGAAAUACAAACCUUAUCAAAGAAAAGAAAUGGUAUAUGCUAUCAGAUACUAGGACCUUUUUUUCAUGGAUCUAAGGAAACACACCGUAAGAGCAGAAUAUCUGGCAGAUUUUUAAAAAGUUAAGGAAACAAAUCUAUACCAGUAUGGUUAACAUGGUUUUGAGUCUCAUUAGAAAUUAUCUAUAAGGAGUGCUUUUUGCCUACGUUUAGUCCAUUUCAAUUUAUCACCUCUGUAUGAGAAAUAAUUGUAUGAAAAAAUCAAAGGCAGAGUUUUUAAAAAAUGUCCUUUAAUGAAAAAUAUAAAAGUACAAUAUUGCAUCCCUAAAACGUGAUUUGUAUGUUUAGCAAGUCUUAGAGCUUCUCAGUGUAAAACAGUUCUAUGUUUAAUAUAUGUAUAUUUUAAUUUGCAAAUAUAAUGAAGCAUAUCUUAUUUUACUUGAUGGUAAUAUUUAUGAUGCUGACAUCCUCAUAGGGUUUAUCUGUUUUGGGAUUGACUUUGACGUUGGAGAUCCUUUGUACAACUUCCAUUCCUUUAGUCACUCGUCCAAACACUGUGUGCUUAUUAUCAAGCCAAGGCUGUGUUGGAGGACAAAUGGAAAAUCUUUGUAAACCUACAUUUCUUAAAUCACACCCUCUGGGUGAGCAAAUUAAAGAAAUUUUAAAUGUACGCUUCAUUUUAGUAUACAAUUAAAAAAGAAGUACAGUAAUUUCACUUAGCAGCUCUUAAAAUCAAUUUCCAUGUUUAAAUGAAAAAAAUAUGAAAGUAUAGUAUAAUAACAUUUCAUAAAAAUCUGGAUCCUGCAGACCAAAGGAAGCUAGAAGAAGUUUGCUAAAGGCAAGUUACUUUGCAUGGCUUAAAAUGUUAUAGCUCAGGCUUUAAAAGUUCUCUGCAGAAACCCUACCUGAACAACUAAGAGGCAGUAUGGAGUAGUUUAAUAAGCAAUGUGUGCUUUGGUGUUAGAUGGGAAUUCAAAUACUGGCUCUGCUACUUGGCUUUUUGGAAAUUAAAUAUGUCCCACUGUUUCCUCCUUGGGCUUCAAACUGGUUCAUUCAGGUUUGAACCCCUGCUGAGAAUCUGCAUUUCUAACAAGUUCCCAGGAGCUACUAAUGCUGCUGGUAGGGACCAAUUCUGAGAACCACUAGUAGAACACUGGUUUUCAAAAUCUAUUAUACAUAAGAAUCACCUCAGGGAUCUUGUGAAAAUGUAGAUUCUGAUUCAGUAUAUCUGGGGGUGGAAAUGCUAAUUCUCAAGAGGGGUUUGAACCAUAAUGAACUGGCUGGAAGCCUUGGUUUCCUCAUCUGUUAUUUAAAACUGAUCUCACUAUACCCAGUUUUAAAUAACAGAUGAGGAUUUAAAAUUGGGUAUUAACAAUAGCAGGAAACCCUGGUGGCGUAGUGGUUAAGAGCUAUGGUUGGUAAUCAAAAGGUCAGCAGUUCAAAUCUACCAGGCAUUCCUUGGAAACCCUGUAGAACAGUUCUUCUCUGUCCUGUAGGGUUGCUAAGAGUCAGGAACAACUUGAUGGCAACAGGUAUAGUGAUACCAAAGUAUUGUGAAUAUUAAAUGAGACUAUGUACCUGACCUGGCAUGUGUUAGUUAUAAACCUCUCUCCUUUCUUCAGUGUUUGGUGCUUAAUUUAAAAAAAUAAUGUAAUUUUUAUCAUUUUGUGAAACUGCAUAGCAGUAGAGCUAGAUGAUUUUAUACAGUAUUUCCUGAAAUCUAAAAUGCCAUUGAUUGUGAAAUGUUCUGAUUUCAGAGAUGCAAAAAUGUGGAAAAAAAGUUUUGAAAUCAGGAAUUCAUAUACUCUAAUCUGUGCAUUCUGAAGAGGGGACAGCAGGUCCAGAGAUGUGAAAUAAUUUGUUUCAUAUUGAACAAUCAAUAGUGGCAGAGUUGAAACUUAAGUAUCGUGAAUCACAUAGUCCACUGUACUCCCUAGUACCUGAAAGUAUUGUUUUGCCAAGUAAAAACGGAUUUGUUAGGUAAUUCUAUAUUUUUUCUCUCUAAAUUGUUUUCAUUUUUAUAUCCUAGCAUAUAUAAAUAAUGGCAGAGAAUAAUGCAGCUCUCUUUCACUAAAUUCACUCUCUUAGAUCAUAGCCUGUGGAUCUCUGGCUUAUAGUGUUGCUGUACUUACCGUUGGUACUACUGUUAUAAAAAACUGGGAUCCAUUAGUAUUUGAUCCAGCAUUGGCCAUGCUGAGUGUAUAUGGUCUGUCAUGCCGUAAUGUUGAAUGAAAUUCAUCUUCAAACUCUCCUCCCCAUAUGCUUUCUCCUCCCAUACCAGUACCUGUUGGAUCUCCAGUCUGAAUCAUGAAGCCCUUAACAGAAAAAAAGAAAAAGCAUAUUACACUGUGCUUUUCUAUAUAUGUAUACUUUGGAGUUUUAUGUAUUUCUUCCGAUAGUACUUUGUAUUCAGUGAAAUCUUAACUUCCUUAACACUCUAUAAAGUUACUUGAUUGAGCCCUUAAAAACCAAAAAACCAAACCCAUUGCCAUCAAGUCGAUUCCCACUCAUAGUGAUGCUAUAGGACACUAUGAGUGGAGCGCCUGGUGGGUUUGAACGGCCGACCUUUUGCUUAGCAGCUGUAGCACUUAACCACUAAGCCACCACCAGGGUUUCCAUUAAACCUUUAAUAAGUUUAACUUGGAUGAUGCAUUCCAUUGCUGAACCAAUACCUUAUUCUCAAUAAUCAAAUAUGCAAAGGUCUGCAAAUGUAUAUAUGUAUAUAUGCAAAAGACAUAUAAUGUCUUUCUCAAUAAUUAAUACCAGUUAAUUCUAUAAACAAGUCAUAAGAUACUAUAUAGUAUUUUGUGUCUUACAUAAUGUGCAAGAAAAUAAGGUUUUAAGGUAUCUACAUUUUUUACUUAGAAUUAAUGGGUUCUUGUCAGAAUCAACUCGACAGCAAUAGGUUUGAUGUUUUGGUUUUUUGUUUUCUUUUGGAGCCCUUGGUGGCACAGUGGUUAAGAGCUCGGAUGCAAAUUAAGAGGUUGGCCGUUCAAAUCCACCAGCUGCUCCUUGGAAACUCUAUGGGGCAGUUCUACUCUGUCCUAUAGGUUCGCUAUGAGUUGGAAUUGACUCAACAUCAAGGGGUUUGGUUUUGCCUUCUAUUUGUCCUUCAUAUAACCGUUCAUCACAUUCAUAUGCCUGUUCCUUCCCACCAAUUGAGUUCCUUGAGGGAAGAAACUAUUUUAUUCACACAAUCUGCUAUAAUAAAGGAAUUUAAUCUGUUUGCUGAAUGGAAGUAUUCAUCUUUCACAACUGGAAGAAAAAUGCAUUGGCCCUUCCGAUAAUGCCAUUUCUCCUACUAUAAUUUCAUCAGUCCUCUACAGAAUGUCCCAUUAUCUCUUGCUCUCUGCCCACUAAAGUUUAGACCAUUAAUUCUGUCACAGUUACCUUCUUUUACCCCACUCUCCUCCCUCUCCCCCAGCCACCCUGGAUUUCAUGAGCCUCUUUGCUAAUUUCUUUAGAACCCUGAACUCUGACUUCUCCUCCUGCCAUUUCUGACCUGCCAAUCAUCAAGAGCUAUGUCACUACCCCAUCUAAUUUAUGGAAUGAUAAUCAACAGAUCCCAGGGCUGAGGCUCACUCUGCUCUUUAGGUACAAUAGUGGCUCUUACAGAAUGGGUGCCUCUCUUAUUAUUUAAAAUCUUAUAUUCUAGAUUUAGACUUAGCCAGCCACUAGGAACAAGUUACCUUGGCUAUUGGUUUUAUCUCG